AGAGCUGGUGAGGCUCCGUGAAGUGGGAACUUGGGACACAUCACAAAAAAAUUCACAACGAUUAUUUAUUUUUCCCCAUCUCAAAGUCCCAAAUAAAAGCACAGCAAGGUCUGAGGUUUAAACUACCUAAGAGGUGUUGCCUUUGACCCUCCCUAGCAAAGCAAAGGUGCCUGAGGAGAGAUGCCACCUUCUAACAAGCGUAAACACAGAGUUGGCUCAUUUAACACUUCUCAGAGCUACCACUCCACCCGUUCCAGAAGGAGAACCACUCUGUUUCCACCCAUACCUCUCUCUCCCUAGAGGACAUCAAAUCCUGACCACACAGAUGGCAAAGUGGAGCUAAGGGGUUACUAGGUUACGGUUUUGUUGACAUAUACUGGCUCUCAGAAAGUUCCUCCUUCAUUUCUCACAGAACGGCAAACAGGAGAAGUGAUCAAACCUCCGUAGAAGUUUUUUGCCGAAGUCCCUUAGAAAGCAGCCGAUCACUGGGAAACCACUUCCUGAGCCUAAGGUUUACGGCACUGAGAGAUGCCCCUUCUACCCAUCUAAAGCCAAGCUUUGCCUUUUUCACAGGGAUUCAUCAGACUGGAAGCUCCUAGCAUUCCGAGGGCAAAUGAGGUGUCUAGCACGCGGUGAACUGCGAAGCACUAUAAACAGUCUUAUUAAAACAUGUUUAUUGACUGCCUUCUAUGUGCAGAUGGGCACCUGCAGCAUACCAUUUAAUCUUCACAACACCCUGAAGGGGAGUUACCAUUAUCCUUCCUUUACAGAGGAGGAAACUGAAGCUCAGGGAGCUGAAGGCACGGCCCCAAGUCACACAGUAAGGGACACGAAGUCCUAUCUUUUUCACUAAUCCAAGCGGAGUAAAGGCAGACAGUAGCCCAAGAGCCUGGUGCCACCUCUCCAAGAUUCACCAGCUUUGAAAGGAUGCUUGCCUGCCCAGUCUCCAGACAUCUGCAAACCCUUCCCAAAGACAAACCCUUUCCAACGCCCUGCUCUAAAACUGACCCACCUCUUGGGAGGUGAGGCCAGGGCUCGCCACUGAAUGGGCCCCAUUGUCCUCCCAAGCGUCUGUGGGUCCAGACGCCGUCGUCCUGGAGGUGGUUCCCCCACGGCCUGCGGUGCAGUCUGCCUGCAGACUUUGAUUCACUCCAGGGACAACACUUGAAAAAUCAGACAGGCAACACAUGCGAUUCCAGGAACGCCUGCCAGACUCAUACUCUGUUUUUCCAUCAUUUCGCUCUCCUCCCCCUUGGGAGGGAGCCUCCUUUGGCAUUUUGCAUAUGAGAAAUGAAAACCACCAACAGGACAAGCACCUGAUAAGGAGCUAGGCAUUGCCCAAGAGUUCCCAGGAAGAGGCGUCUUUGUUCUCAUUUCAAGCCCUUGACACUGCUAACAGCUCUAAUUACUGCAUUUGCCAUGGGAUGUAAAAUAAAACCACAUUCCAGAAACCAUGUAGUCUCCUGGGGAGAGACACGCAGGGAGAGGUGCCCAGGGCUGCAGGAACGUGUUCUUUCAUUUCUGGUCCCUAACCUUGGCAGCUAUUCUGAGAAUUUAACAGUACCUUCUUUAUGUGCAUGGAGAAGGGCACUUUUGCACAUGUAAGGAUGCAUCUCACCACCUGUAUCCACGAAUCUGGUCUGCAUAUUUGACUACGUUGUGUGCAAAGCAUGCUUCUUAAGAACGUUAGGACCUUCAAAAUUCGCCGAAGCCAUUUUGGGGGGAAUGAGGACUUCAGAAGUCCCUCAGUCUGUAAGCACAAUAAAACAGAACUUCUUCCAACAUAAUUUAACUAUAAAAUCCGAUGAUGUAACACCCAUCCACACCCACAUCACAAACCAAAGUGACAUCACAAAUACUAGAGAUAAUGGUUCAAAAGUGCCAGCACGUGAGCCAAAAUCUGAGCAAACUACAGUUUGCCCAUACAUGACUGAGGCAGAGAAAGACAGUGACUAGAAAUAUUAAAACAAAACAAAACAAAAAGAGAGAAAAAGGGAAAAGAAAAUACAUAUUUCUUCCCCCUACUAAGCUAGCUAAAAUAAAAUUUAAGGCAACCGAAAUAUGCAUCCAAUCCAUGCGAGACGAGACGCCAGCAUCCCCACCUAUGGACUCCGACAGUCUAUUUUACUGAACACCAGGCUUCAGGACUGCUAUGUGGACUCGCCUGCCCUCACCAACAUCUGGACAGGCAGAACGUGCGCAAAGCAGAACAUCAAUGCCCCACCGCCAGGUACCACCUCUUCCUGGGAAGUUGUAAAGAAUCCGUUAAUUGCCAGUUCGUUCUCCCUGGUUAAGCUGGUGCUCAGGCGACGACCACUGAAGGAUAAAUGCUGCCCAGUACCACGCAAGUUUGGAGAAGCAAAACCCUCGAAGAGAUUAAAGCCCAAGGACAAUUCAGCAAUGAAAGCCACCCAGCUGGGCAGGAUAAGAAACUCCAUCAGUCCCAAGAGCCUGCGACCAGUGGGGCAGGGGCCGGGCUCACCUAGGUGCAGGAGGCCUGCAGGAGGCAUCAAUGAGAGCAAAGAAAGUUCAAAGGAGAAAAAAGAAACAGUCUGCCAAGAUCUUGAGAGCAGAUAUGCUGAACAUGUGGCUGCCACCCAAGUGCUACCCCGGGACAUUGGGACAACAGCCUGGAAGGGCCGAGCGUUGCUUCCUGAAACCAGAAAGAGACGGCAGUUGUCAGAGGACACGCUAACUAUCCACGGCCUGCCCACAGAGAGUUACCGGGCUCUGUACCACACUGUGGUCGAGCCGAUGCUGUGGAAUCCUUCAGGGACCCCCAAGAGGUACAGCUUGGAGUUGGGCAAGGCCAUCAAACAAAGGCUCUGGAAAGCUCUGUGCAGCCAGGCUGCCACCCCCGGAGGCACUCAGAAGGACCUGUCGCCAGGCAGGAAGCGGCUGGAGGUCCACGAGGAGACUAUGCCCAAGAAAUGGCCCAAGUUAAAGACGGAGAAAUAGGAACGGGAGCUCAUGGGAUCAGGAUAUUCUCUGCUAGAUGUCUGAAAAAUAAACACCACUUUGCACCUUCCAUGUAAUCCCAGAGUGCUUUACAAAUUAGUAACUGCCCUCCCAGGGAAACAAGGCAGAUGGGUACGGGAUUCACUUCAGACUGAGGACUGCCCUCCACUCUUGUGAUUAGGGAAUUUCGAGGACUAUAUGCUAGGGGAUUUUUCCUACAAGCCCCUUUCCCUUAACAAGGGCUUAAGGGUCGCUGUCUUCUGGGUAGGAAAAGGCCUGGCAGUUGAAGUCAACAGUUUAUAUACAGCCUAUAUUCCCCAUCUUUAAAAAGUGGACUGCUAGGAUCGACUACCAUUUCCCUCACUCCCUCCACACAGGGCUGAGCAGAAAAACCACCACCACCUCAAGGACAUAAUCCCAUACACUCUCUAUCAGAUACUCUCCCAUGACACCACCCAAAUCCCCAAUAACCUGAACUUUAUGUUGACAAGAGAGGAAAUUAUACGGAUGCUUCCACGAGCGAUUUGAAGUUAAAGGCAUCACUUCAUGCAAACCUCUUGUUGGUGGAAUCUGCAGACCUUUACCAGACAGAGCAAUGACAACAUGUAACACAUACUUGAUAAAAUUGUAUUUUUUUUUACAGUCAUUUGUACAAUUUGUUACAAAACCAUAGAAGACUACAACUUGUUUUAAAUCAUUUUUGGUCGGCAAAUACGUAAAAUCUGUGUGCAAUUAUCAUGUAUUUACAGGGCCUCAUGUUAGUCAUUUUCAAUGAUUAUUCCAACAAUGUCACACUCUCAACAUAAGACAUGGCUUAAGAUAAAUAUAUUAGUAAAUAAA